UACAGGUUUCUGAGGAGGGAGAGAGAUCGGCAGAGAAGGAGAACGAGACCAGUGAAGAAUGGCAAAGAGGGGAACCUGAAGCGAAAUGGAAGUGGAGGGAGGAAUCCACCCGUCCUGAAGGUGCCGACUGCCAUGAGAUCACAGCGCCAGAAGCAAGUCACAGAGGAAAGAAAAGGAUUGCAUUCCCUACGUGUGCAGACUUCUUAGCUGGCCCAUCAGAUCUUAGCACACAACAGAGAAUGCCGGAUAGGGAGGAAUUAUUCCAAGCUUUAGAGGGUGCAAAGGAUAUCAGUCAGAGCAAAAACAUUCUUUUUCGUAAACAGUGGCCGACGGAGAAGAAGCCAUACAAAUGCUCAGACUGUGGAAAGAGAUUCAGGCAGAAUGUCCACCUUAUUGUACACAAAAGAGGACACAGUGGUGAAAAACCAUACGAAUGCUCAGAGUGUGGGAAAAGCUUUAGUCAGAGAGCAGUUCUUACUUCCCAUCAAAGAAUCCACACAGGGGAGAAACCAUAUAACUGCUCCGAAUGUGGAAAGAGCUUCCGUCACAGUUCGGGUCUUUCUUCCCAUCAAAGAAUCCACACAGGAGAGAAACCAUAUCAAUGCUCAGAUUGUGGGAGGAACUUCUCUCAGAGUGCGAAUCUUGCCUCUCAUAAAAAAAACCAUACAAUGGAGAAACCAUAUAAAUGUCCCCAGUGUGGGAAGAGCUUCAGUCACAGCUCAGGUCUUACUUACCAUCAAAGAAGCCACACAGGAGAGAAACCGUAUCAAUGCACUGAGUGUGGGAAGAGUUUUAGUUGGCGCACAAGCCUUACUUACCACCAAAGGAUCCACACAGGUGAGAAACCAUAUAAAUGCUCUGAAUGUGGAAAGUGCUUCCAUCACAGUUCAGGUCUUUAUUCCCAUCAAACAACCCACACGGGAGAGAAACCAUAUCAGUGCUCUGAAUGUGGAAAGAGCUUCCGUCACAGUUCAGGUCUUUCUUCUCAUCAAAAAAUUCACACAGGAGAGAAACCAUAUCAAUGCUCUGAAUGUGGAAGGAGCUUCUCUCAGAGCGGAAAUCUCGCCUCUCAUCAAAAAAUCCACACAAUGGAGAAACCAUAUAAAUGUCCCCAGUGUGGGAAGAGCUUCAGUCACAGCUCAGGUCUUGCUUACCAUCAAAGAAUCCACACGGGAGAGAAACCAUAUCAGUGCUCUGAGUGUGGAAAGCGAUUUAGUCGGAGCACAAGCCUUACUUACCACCAAAAUAUCCACACAGGCAAGAGACCAUAUAAAUGCUCUGAAUGUGGAAAGAGCUUCUGUCACAGUUCAGGUCUUUCUUCCCAUCAAAAAAUCCACACAGGAGAGAAAGCACAUCAAUGCUCUGAAUGUGGAAAGAGUUUUAGUCGGAGCACAAGCCUUACUUACCACCAAAGGAUCCACACAGGCGAGAAACCAUAUAAGUGCUCUGAAUGCGGAAAGAGCUUCCGUUACAGUUCGAGUCUUUCUUCCCAUCAAAGAAUCCACACAGGAGAGAAACCCUAUAAAUGCGUACAAUGUGGAAAGAACUUUAGUCGUAGUUCUCGUCUUUCUUGCCAUCAAAGAAGCCACACAGGGGCCAAUCCAUAUAUAUGCUUGGAGUGUGGAAAGAUCUUUAGUCAGAGCACAAUGUUCAGUAUGCAUCAAAGGAUCCACACAGGAGAGAAACCAUAUCAGUGCUCAGAGUGUGGAAAGAGCUUUUCUGAGAGGGCAAAUCUUGCCUCUCACCUCAAAGAAUCCACAAGGGAGAAACCGUAUACAUGCUUUGAGUGUGAAAUAAGCUUUAGUCAGAGCACAAUGCUCAAUAUACAUCAAAGAAUUCACAUGGGAGAGAAACCAUUUUAAUGUUCAGAGUGUGGAGUUUUACUCAAAGUGGAAAU